AUGGCGUACUUGUGCGAGUGUCGUCUUUGGCUGGAGAAAAGCUUCAUAUUGGAUGGGGUCGCCGUGAGCUCCAUGGCCCGCACCUAUGAGCACUUGAGGCCUAAGCUCUGGUCUGCGAUUCCGCCCUACAACGCGCAGCAGGACUACCACACCCACCGGUACUUCCAGAGUCGCGUGGUUCCGCCUGUUUUACGGAAAACUAACCAGGAUCAUGGCGGUACAGGACGGGACGGCAGGAUAGUGGAUAAUUUCCACAGCUUCGGGCAGGGACAGAGAUACCUCAACAGAAGAAACUGGGCAGGGGCAGGGCAUUCCCUCCCGCAGGUGACCGGGCAUGAUCACUACAAUGCUGAUCUCAAAAUGAUCCAGGGGUUCAAUGGUCGGUUUGGCUAUCGCAGGAACACCCCUGCCCUCCGCCAGCGCCCAUCUGUCUUUGGAGAAGUCACCCGAUUACCUCUCUUCUAAUAGACCUCUUCCCUUCACACCUCAACCUGGAUUUCUAAGACAAAUGUUUAAAUGAACUCUCAAUGGUAUUUUUAUAUAAUAAAGCUUUUAUUUGUGUCAAAAAAAAAAAAUCACCUGGGCAUGGUUAAAGAAAUACUAUCUAGUUGGCCCCACAUCAGACCUAUGAAACGAGAUUCUUCAGAGAUGGGUAAGAGCUUCCAUUGCAAAGCAGCAUUCCCAGCUACACAACAAAAUUUGAGACUUGGUACUUACAGAGAUGUAUGAGGGUUUUUCACAGUUCUAGGAGCUUUUGAAUUGCAUAGCAAAAUCAUUUCUCUUAAAAUGAUUAUCAUGGAUAUAUGAACAUACAUGC